AUGACAUCUCUGAACUUUGUUUCGUAUCUGACCUUUCUUUGCUUGUGGAGCAUAGCUCCGACAACUACUGACAACUUGUCUGUGCGUCAAGAAAGUGGUUUUGUAUCAGCUCGUGUUGGUGACAGCGUGACAUUACGUUGUUUCUAUGAAGGCGACAUCUCAGCUUUGUUUUUCUGGUACAAACAAACUCUGGGAAUGAAACCAAGGCUCAUCUCCACCUUAUUUAAAUAUGUUUAUAUAAGUUUUAGUGAUGAAUUUCAAAACAAUCCAAACGUUACACUGGAAACUAAUAACAAGAGCAAUCACUUGACAAUCUCAAAUCUGCGCAUUUUAGAUUCUGCUACUUACUUCUGCGUGAGUCACUAUAAAUACAAGACGAUAUUUUGCGAGGGCACCACUGUCAGUGUAAAGGGUUCAGGUUUGAACGUCCCAGUUCUGGUCCAUCAGUCAGCAUCUGAGACCAUCCAGCCAGGAGGCUCUGUGACUCUGAACUGUACAGUUCACACUGGGACCUGUGAUGGGCAACACAGUGUUUACUGGUUCAAAGACUCUGAAGAGUCUCAUCCAGGACUCAUUUACACCCACGGAGGAAGGAAUGAUCAAUGUGAGAGGAAACCCAUCACACAAACACACACCUGUUCCUACAACCUGCCGAUGAAGAGCCUGAAUCUGUCUGAUGCUGGGACCUACUACUGUGCUGUUGCCUCGUGUGGACGCGUGCUGUUUGGAGACAGGACCGAUUUAGUGGAUAAGGUGGACUCUCGUGUGUAUUUCCUGAGUGCCGCUUUGGCGUUCACCACCAUCCUGGUUGUUUUACUGGCUUUCUCAGUGUACAAGAUGAGGAAGAGAAACAGCUGCCAAUGCACAGAGUCUCAAAGAGUUUCAGCUUCCACCGCAACAAACGUAGAGGGUUACCGAGAUGCAGACAACCUCCAUUAUACUGCUGUGAGGUAUUACAGGGCCAACGGAUCAAGAAGACAGAGAGACAACAUCGAGGAUCAAUGUGUUUACUCCAGUGUAAAGCAGUAGAGUCGGACAUGAUUCAUUUGCAUAGAUGUAUUUAUUUGUGAGAUGUCUUUACACCAUUUGUGCUGAAGAUAUUUGUUAAAACAAUACAAGUUGUGUCACCAUUUCAUAUACAAAAUACGUUGGAAAAAGCCUUGGGUGGCAGUGAUCUACAGUAAUUCCGCUAUCACUAUACCUGUUGUAUCGGCCUCUCACGAGAUGAGCAUGUUGACCAUGUGCACAUAUGUUUGUUAAAGCAUCACAGAUAUCAGCAACAUAUUUUUCUCCAAUCUGUUCUGAGAAAUACUGUAUGCCUUAAGA